AUGGGACACGCAUAUGUUGGUAUUCGUGACCACCCCACAAAGCCGGUUGGAUUCAUGACUCCAUGUGUAGACCUGGCCCAGGUCGACCCCAGCAUCAAAGCUGAGGUCGAAUCAUGGAUCGACAAGUUCCUUCAUGUGGACGCUCUUAUCUUGGCGAUGGAAGAACGAAAAUCGACUUUCUACAAGUCGGUAGCAGACGAAGCCGCAGCCGUCAAAUGGUCGUCAGAGGUGUCCCCUCCCAAAUUGAAGACUGUUGAUGAGAUAAUCAAAUCAGCCACUGAUGUCUCCACUCCAUUGAAGAUGGACUUCAAGCUUCGCAAGGAGGAAAACAAAGUCAAAACGGCGAGUGUCAAACUCGACGCUUUGUCAUUUCGAGCAAGAAACACAAACGACGCUACCAUCGCCGGACGGACAUCCAGGAACAUUGGUCGGUUGGAGACUUCUGCCCAGCUCGCUCACAAACCUGUCAAGACUUUAUUGGAAGUCAGCCAGAAACACAGAUCACCAGCCUAG